AUGAUUUAGUAAUUGAAUUUAAAGUUAAAAUGUUAAAAGGAUGAUCAUUAGGAUGAGAUAGACAUAGUUUGUUACAAUUAAUUUUGUACAGAAUUUAGAUUAAAUUGCUUUUAAUGUUAAAAAAAAGGAAGAACCCAUCAUGAUCAUUUUGAUGAUGUUGAAAAAAUUAAUAGUUUGAUAGAAUUCAUUGAAAAUAAAAAUAAAGAAUGUGAUAAUUUGAUUGAUGAUCUUAAUAAAUAAGCAGAAAGUAUGAAUCAAUCAUUUUCUUAAUUAAAAAUGGGAAUCAGAUAGAAAUAUUAAUUAUAUUAAGAAAGAUUAGUACUUCUGAAUUCUUAAUAAAUUAAUGAUUUCUUGAAUUCUACAAUCAAAUUUAAUGAAUAUAAACAAUCAAUUACAACAAUCAUUUUAGAAUAGACUAAGAAAUUAACUCAUUCAUUUAAUAAUUUAUAUCAAUAAUUACAAUUAUCAUCAUUUAAUUAUUAUUAAAAUGAUGAUAAUUGUAUUAAAAUAUCUGAAGAAUUAUAUGAUAAAGGCAUUAAUUAUGUUAUUAUUAUAAUUUUUUAGGUUAUUAAUUAUAUUUGGAAGAUAAGUAUGAAUAGGCCAUUGUAAUAUUAGAUAAAUCAAUAUAAUACAAUCCCAAUAACUAUAAUUCUUUAUGGUGUAAAGGUAAAAAUAAUAAAUAAUGAAUAGGUGAUUGUUUAAAAUUACUAAAUUAAUAUGAAGAAGGAAUCUCAUGGUUAGACCAAUCAUUAGCUAUUGAUCCUAAAAAUGCUGAUACCUUAUUUAUGAAAGGUAUAAUGAAUCAUAAUUUAAUUAAUAGGUGAUUGUUUAAGAUUAUUAAAUAAAAAUGAAGAAGCAAUCAAAUGGUUGGAUAAAGCAUUAACUAUUGAUUCUAAGCAUGUUGAUUCCUUAUGUAUUAAAGGUGUAUUGAAUCAUAAUUUAAUUAAUAGGUUAAUGUUUAAGAUUGUUAAAUAAAAAUGAAGAAGCAAUCAAAUGGUUGGAUAAAGCAUUAGCUAUUAAUCCUAAGCAUGUUAAUUCCUUAUUUAUGAUAGGUAUAAUGAAUCAUAAUGUAAUUAAUAGGUGAAUGUUUAAGACUAUUGAAAAAAUAUAAUGAAUCUUUAUAAUUUCUAGAUUAAGCACUAUCAAUUGAUUAGCAACAUACCCUUUCUCUGUAAGCUAAAGGUACCUAAUAUUUGUUAUUUGUAGGAGAUUGUUUAAUGGAUUAAUAAAAAUAUUAAGAAGCUUUGAUAUAUUAUGAAAAAUCAUUAAAGAUAGACCCAUAUGAUCAAAAUACAAAAAACUAAAAGAGUAUAUUUAACUUAUUAGAUUAGAUUUUUGUGAAAAGAAAUUGAAACAAUGA